AUGGACGGGCGCAACUUGUCCUUCGGCGGGGACGGCAUCGACUGGAGCGACCCGGCCUUCAGCUCGGCGGAAUUCCAGGACUCGCUGGUCGCUGAGUCGCCAUGGGGUAACAGCGCUCUGAACGACUUCACCAACCUUGCCGACUACAGCGAUAGCCCUGGGUUUGGUCUUCGCACCCCUUCCAAGUCCGGCCCUGAUGCUAUGGCGGUUGCAGGCGCACAGCAGGCUCCCCCAACCCUCCAGCAGAUGCCGACAGAAUCGAGUCAAGACUCCUCGUCAGACUCCUCCAGCAGAAGGAAGCGCAAGUCCGCCUCAGACUCUCCCAUGCCGGACGGCUCUGCGGCGGACUCUAAGAUGCAGGAUACAGCGUCGCCGGGCCCAAGCAGCUAUCAGACCACACCGGUAUAUGAGCAGAGUUAUGGACGGCGUAUGCCGAAUCUGGCCAUCGAGCAAAGCAUAUCUGACAACGGCGACGACAUGUUCAACUUUAAUAGCACGGCUUCCAGCCCAAAUCUACCGCGGGACUUUAACCAACAGAUGACACUGAACGCCAACAUGGCUAUUCGAAGGGCACCAGGAGCUCCGCCGCACAUUCAAGAAUCACCAGCCACCAUCAAUCCGGGCAUGUUCACCGUAGGGCCAUCACGAGAUCAGUCACCAGCAGCUAAUAACGUCAUGUUUGGCACUGCAUCUCCCAACGCAAUAUUUUCUACACCUUCUUCUGACAGCAAUGACUUCGCCGUCAACACAAAUUGGAAUGCCAACAUAAAUCAGAAUCCUGCCUGGCCAUCGGAGUUCAACAAUCAGUUUGCCUCCCCUGGUCUUGCUUUUACGCCUUCUCCAGUCGCAAACGGCGGCACGCCAUCAGUGGCCACUCGUGCAGUUGCGCCUCGCAAUGGCCGAUCUCCUCUACACGUCGCGCCCAUCUCUACCAAAUCUAGGGUCGAGACUCAGAUCAAUGUUGUCAUGACAUUGGAGAAGCCACAGCCAGGCUUUGAUCAUCUGCAUCUACCACUGCACACUAUCGCCAAGUCGAAACUACUCGCCAAGGAAGACUAUGACAAGUCAAAGGUGCUGGAACUGCAUACCAUGCUUGUGUGCACCAGCGCAAUGCACAACGCCACUAUGAAAGAGAAAGCCCUCAGACGAGCUGCGGCGCAAGAUAACGCCGACAUCCAAAGGAAAGCGGAGAUGCAUCGAGAGGAAGACCUCAACAGAGUCGAGAUCAAAGGCGAGGAUGACGAAGACAGACCUGCGAAUGGUGGCGAGGUGAAGAUAUGCACCAACUGCAUACAGCGUGAGCGGAAGCGGGCAGGCCGCAAGAAGUUGAAGAAAGAAGAGGAGCAGCAGCAUUGGGAGCGGUACGAGACGGAGAGAGUGGUGGUGUUCAAUUCGAAUGAAUACCUCCCAUUCAAGCCGGCCGAGCAAAUGCAGCAGCCGCAGCCGCAGCGGGAUGGUGCAGUCGUGCAGGAUGAGGCGUACGUGCCACCCGAAGGUGCGAUUUCAGUCCAAGCACAGAUGCGUAUCGCCUGUUACUGUCGGCAUCAGAGCGAGAAGGAAGGCUUUCAGGUCAUCUUCACCAUGAAGGAUCAGCACGGGACUGUUGUCGCCCAGCAGAUCUCUGAUUCCAUCCUCAUUACCGAUGAUCACAAGACGCACCCACCUCAGCUUACAACAAUGUCGAGCGAAUUGUUGUACAACCACCCGCAACUGUCCCAAAACGGACUCCAAACGUCUUACUCCAUGGUGGACCUUCAACCUCACUCACAGCCAUUCACCUCCUCGCGCUCUGCUGGAAACCUGCAAGCGUUGGGCUACAGCCAACAACCGCAGUUCAACCCGCAUAGCCAUGUUCAUCAGCUGCCGAACAAUGGCUACGCCUCGCAGGCGACGUCCGCGACCAUGACACCCACCUCCUUGUCGCGACCCGGCUCUCCCUCAAGUGCUGGCCAAGUAGGACCGAACAAGAAGCGCAAGUCGUCGAGCUUCCACAAGAGGCUACCGAGCGGCUUGCAGAUGACGCCCCGUGUCGAUACGAAUCAGCCGUCGUCGGCCAAUGCUUUAUCUGGAGUGACCAUGUCCUCAAACUUCUCACCCACAGGUACAGGCUUCGCCCAGAACGACCCAUCGUUCAUGACCAUUCCAAACAACGCCGCUCCCGCCCAGUACUUCGGUAGCAAUCCGUCGACACCGGCGAAUGAGCACCCCGGUUUCGCCUUUGGUGCACACCAUCAGCUAGAAAUGAGCCGACCACACAACAACGCAGCAUACUUCUCCCACCCUUCUUCAGCUGUGCCCAGCCGGUCCAACUCGCCUGUCCUCCAACACGGCCGCAACCUAUCCGGCUACGCCCCGGGACGAGCACCUCUCCAAGCGGCCAACAGCCAGCUCAAUCGCACUACGCAACAAUUCUACGGCGGCCUACCAGCAGCCAGCCCAGCAGAAGAAGACGAGCCUCCCCGCCCCGUCAUUACCAAAAUCACUCCCAACUCCGGCCCGUCCAUCGGCGGCACCGAAGUCAGCGUCUUCGGCUACAACUUCACCCAAGCCACCAGCAUCAUGUUCGGCGACAUCGUCGCCCCGACGACCUUCUACGGCGAGCAGUGCCUCCUCGUCGGCAGCCCUCCGGGUCACGGCCAAGUGCGCGUCCGCAUCGCCAACGCGCACGCCCCUCGGCAUUCGCAAUUCAUGGCGAGCCAGAUGCAGAGCCACGUCUUCACGUACGUGGAAGGGGACCGCCAGGCCAUGGAGCUGGCGCUGCAGUAUCUGAGUCAGCGCGAGACGGGCGAUGCGGGGCGCUGGGUGCAGUGGACGAACGAGCUGGCGCAUCAGUUGACCGGGACCAAUAUUUCGGGCGCGGGGAUGCAGGGGCAGGGGUACGGGGGUGGGUGA